AUGAUCUCCGGCUCCUGCUGCGCCAUCGUCGCGCUCGUCGCGCUCCUCUGCCUCAGCCAGCUUCGCAUCUUCGCGCAACGGCGGGAGCUCGCCGCCGCGCGAGAGCUUGCCAGCCUUGCUUCCGCCCGCGACCAUCGGAUCAAGGCUCGCCUCAAGCGCAUGCACCGGCUGCUGAGGGCGGCCGAGGUGCGGGAAAACGUGUCCGUCUGCCCACCGCCUUCGCCUGUUGCCACGAAACCCGCCAGUGGAGACAGCGCAACUGGCACCGGCACCGGCUCUGGGACAGCAGAGGAUGGCCUGCCAGCGUCUCUGCUUCUCAAGGCGCAGCGUUCCUGGGACUGGCGCGCGAUCGCGUCGGAGGCGCUGCGUCCGUGGGGCUCCAUCCGGAAGGAGCAGCUCGACACCGCCGUCGCCGCGUGCAACGACAACGGGACGAUGUACUGCGCACUGGGCUCGAUGCUCUCCCCAGCUCUUCUUGUGCACAAGGGGUCGCUCUACCUCACCGACUACCGCGCCAUCUUCUUCGACCGCCACUACGCGCCCGCGCGGGUCUGGCCGCUCCUUGCGGCGCUGCGGCGCCACCGUGACUUGCCCGACGUCGACAUCGUGGUCGCGGGCAACGAUGAGCCGCGACCGACGGACGAUCUGCACGUCAGUAUCGCUACUACGAGCCUCCGCCAGACCUACCUCCGGCUCCACCCUACCCACGCCUAG